ACUAAAAAUCUCCACUUUAAACGUAAUUGUAAUUUUUUGAAUUUAAGUUUAUCUAAAACUUAAAUAUCUAACCUAAAUUAACGUUUGCACGUUUAAUACCUGUUUUUGGGCAAUUCAAGUAUUAAAUAAAAUUCAUAUUUAAUAAUUUUUAAGGAUCUUCAAAGUUAAUGCCCAUUUUAUCGAUGAAAAUGAUAGCAAUCUCGUUACAUUUUUAAAUUUAAACGAUCCCCUUAAAAGUUAUACGAACAUCCGAUUUUUUAUAAAUUUUCCGGGCCGGUUUUCGACAACCUCCUUCAAAGUCUAAUCUUCUCUUCAGAUGUAGUGAAGCCAUUGAACGAAAAUGAUUGCAAAUCGAGCUGCAUUAACAUUAAUUUUUUCGAUUAAUUUCGCCGUGCGAUCUUUCGCUUAUAGUUAUUUAAAUGAGGAAAAUGUCGUCGUACCAUGCAUUGCGGACGCCACAUGUUCGGAUGUCCUUCCUGGCUCGAAAUGUCUAAAUUAUGAAUGCAAAUGUAUGGUUGAGAAUGGUUGUAGCCUCCUGCACCUGAAACAGCCAGCGAAUGCGAAUAAAAUCGGCGAAACUUGUAUUACGGAUGAUGAUUGUGUUUUCGAACAUUCGAAAUGUUCCACAAAUGGAAUUUGCGAUUGUAAAAUUGGAUGGAUCCCUGCUGAAGAUAAGAAACAAUGUGUUAAAGCUAUUCCAAAACUUCUUGGUUCCGAAUGCGCAGAUACGGCUCAAUGCAUCAUUUUAAACGCCAUUUGUAAAAAUAACACGUGUCAAUGUUCUUUAAACACACACGAAAAAGAUGGUAUUUGCUACGAAAAUAAAAGUUUAGGAGAGUCAUGCAAAAAAAGCAAGGAAUGUUCCAUCACCAACAGUCAAUGUGUUAAAGAUGUUUGCCAAUGCAAAGAAGGAUUCAUCACUUCCGAAAAAUCUUGCUUCGCACCAGCCAAAACUAUUUUCGCACGAUGUACCGAAAAUGUACAAUGUGAAAAAGCUUUGGGCGAAGGAUCACAUUGUUUAAAUUCUAGCUGCUUUUGCAUGGAGGAUUUUGAAUUUAAAGAAGAUAUAAAUCAAUGCGGUAAAGUUGAAAGCGAUUCAGGAUCCUCUUCUGUUGGUGUAUACUCUAUAUUUUUAAUUUGUUCAGUUAUGUUUAUGUUAUAUUUUUAAUAUGCAUUUAGUUUUUGU